CAAAAUUAUGCCAUCACUCGAGAGUCCACAAGCGUCACCUUUUGCCGAGAAACACCUUUCCUUGCAAACUCUGAGCGCUCUGCAAAGCUUGAGGUUUUUACUUGCAGCGACAUGAAAUUCUCCCGCAAACACAAUUCCGAGACAACCUCAAAAACAUUAUUCCUCAAGAAUCCUUUAUCAAAGCUGUCGUGUUCCAGAUCCUACGAUGCCUAACAGAUAUAAGAAAAUAAAACCCUGAAAUGGCUGUGGCAAGCAAAGCAGAGAUUCAUCCUGUGGCCACUGAUUUGAUCGAUUUCUUGAAUGCUUCUCCCACAGCAUUCCAUGCCGUCGAUGAGGCCAAGGGGCGGUUGAAGCAAGCCGGUUAUGAGCAGCUAUUCGAAAGAGAGGAUUGGAAAUUACAGGAAGGUGGGAAGUACUUUUUUACGCGCAAUUAUUCAACCAUUAUUGCAUUCGCCAUUGGCCAAAAGUACACUGCAGGGAAUGGUUUUCACAUAGUAGGUGCUCAUACAGACAGCCCUUGUCUUAAAUUGAAGCCCUGUUCUAAGGUUAGUAAAGGGGGAUUUCUGGGAGUUGCUGUUCAAACAUAUGGAAGUGGAUUGUGGCACACUUGGUUUGACCGAGAUUUGACAGUUGCUGGCAGGGUGAUUCUAAAGCAAAAUAUUGAUGAUGCUAUUUCAUACAGGCAUAAGCUUGUUAGGAUCCACGAGCCUAUUCUCCGAUUACCCACUCUUGCUAUUCACUUAGACAGGGGUUUAAAUGAUGAAUUUAAAGUUAAUACACAGUCUCACCUUCUACCAGUUCUGGCAACAGCUAUCAAGGCUGAAGUUGAUAGGCAAGGAUAUAAAAAGGACAAAUGCAUGUCAAAAACAAAUUGUGACCAAAACUCAGAGAAAGAUCAAAAGGCUGCAGAAGGUGGAGAUUCAGAAAAUAAGAAGCAUCAUCUGCUUUUACUAGAGUUACUGGCCAGUGAGCUUAGUUGCAAACCAGAGGAAAUUUGUGAUUUUGAAUUGCAACUAUGUGACAUACAACCAAGCGUGUUUGCUGGUGUUGAAAAGGAGUUUAUAUUUUCAGGCCGUCUUGACAAUCUAUGCAUGUCAUUUUGUUCUCUCAAGGUGUGAAGGAGACUGUAAUGG